AUGGCGACUCUUCAAACUGCCAUCCACGGCGACAAGAAUGCCACAGCCGUCAUUAUACCUUCAAAGCCCAAGGCUCUGACGGUGACUUAUCAAGGUCUGGCCAAAGAGGUUACAUCUUUUCAGAGCAAACUCGCUGCCAUUGGCAUAACAACAGCAUCACCCGUCUCAAUCGCUACUGUGAACUCAUAUGAGUUCAUCGUCUCAUUUCUGGCGGCCUCGUGGCAGCGUGCCAUUGCUGCUCCGCUGAACCCCGCCUACAAGCAGGGCGAAUUCGAGUUCUACAUCGAGGAUGUCAAGUCAGCUAUUGUGCUUGUGCCCAGGGGCGCUGUCCAGGCGGAUAGCCCUGCUGUCAGAGCAGCGAAGAAGUUCAAUGCUGCCAUUGCUGAGUGCUACUGGGAUGACGGGAAGCAGGAAGUCGCCCUGGAUGUGAAGGAUCUCGGCCAGUUGAAGGGCAAGGGCAAGGAGCAGAUGCUGAAGGCCCAACCUGACGACAUCGCACUGGUGCUGCACACAAGCGGAACUACCUCUAGACCGAAGGUGGUGCCUCUCUCCCACCGCAACCUGACGAGGACUAUGGCGAAUAUACAGAAGACUUACGAGCUUACUGCACAGGACAGAACUAUGCUCGUCAUGCCUCUGUUCCACGUUCAUGGUCUCUUAUGUGCUCUGCUCGCGCCCCUCUACUCCGGCGGCUCCAUGGUUGUGCCAUCCAAAUUCUCGGCAUCCGAGUUCUGGGAGGAUUUCGCCACACAUAAGGCAAACUGGUACACUGCUGUGCCUACCAUUCACCAGAUCUUGCUCAAGAACCCCGCGCCGAAUCCGGUCCCCAAGAUCAGGUUCAUCCGCUCCUGCUCAUCACCUCUUUCUCCCACGGUCUUCCACCAGCUAGAAGAGACAUAUCAGGCUCCAGUUCUCGAGGCGUAUGCCAUGACCGAGGCCGCUCAUCAGAUGACAUCAAACCCCCUCCCUCCUGCCAAGAGAAAGCCCGGCACGGUCGGCCUGGGACAGGGUGUUGAGGUGAAGAUAUUGGACGACAACGGCGACGAGCUGGCGCAGGGCAAGGAGGGCGAGAUCUGCAUCCGCGGCGAGAACGUCACGAAGGGCUAUCUGAACAACCCGACGGCCAAUGCAACCGCUUUCACCAAGGGACACUUCUUCCGCACCGGUGACCAGGGCAAGAAGGAUGAAGAUGGCUACAUAGUUAUCACCGGCCGCAUCAAGGAGCUCAUCAACAAGGGCGGCGAGAAGAUUAGCCCCAUCGAGCUGGAUAAUGUGCUCACGCGGCACCCCGCCGUUUCGGAGGCUGUCAGCUUCGCCAUUCCAGAUGAGAUGUUCGGUCAGGAGAUUGGUGUUGCUGUGGUCCUGAAGCCGGGACAGAAACUGACCCAGGAUGGGCUGAAGAAGUGGACUGCAGAGAAGCUGGCCAAGUUCAAAAUUCCUAAGAAGAUCUACUUCACAGAUGUUAUGCCAAAGACUGCUACAGGAAAGAUCCAGAGGCGCAUUGUUGCUGAGACCAUGCAGAAACAAGAGGGCAAGGCGAAGCUAUAA